CGCGCUUACCGAGCAGCCUCUUUGGUUUUGGAGUCACCAAUACGACUGUGAAGUCGUUUUUAUUUCAGGAAAUCGAUAGAAAAGGAAGCCCCACCUCUAAAGCUCAGCCGACCGGAAGUGGGGUGUGCAGCUGAGAGUUCGAGAGGUACGAAACCCCCAAAACAGACGUGGUUGGAGCACUCUGCGCGCCCCGACCCACCACAUAGGAAACGUAGGUAACUGCGGAGUAGGUGGCGUCCAGAGGUGAGGAAUCGGAGAAAGGAUGGGUCUACACUGACAGUGGAGAAGGGCGGUUGUGUAGUCUGGGGGAAAGUGAAGCAAGAAAGAAAAAAGUGAAGCAAUGACUGGCGCCGAGAUCGGCUGUAAAACAAACGUAGAAGUAGCGGAGAGGAGGCGUCUACACUGGGGGAUCUAGGGGAGAGAUGGACGGACUGUAAGAAUAGGAGGCAGUCCACUCUAGAAAGUGGGGACGUGCCCUGGAGGAGGGAGGCUGUCUGUUUGGGAGGGAUUGUGGUUGGUCCUCGGUGGGAAUGGGUGAGGGGAUCAUCGGGACGGGGUGGAACUGUGAAAGGGGGUCUACCGUGGGGUAACUGCGGGAGGUAGCGGUCUACAGGUCACUAGCUUCUGUAUUGCAAUAACUAGAGGGAGGGCUCUACCCUGGAAGUGGGAGUACCUGCCUUGGGUGAUGGGGGAAGAACGGGCUUUCAAUGGAAGAGGGAAGGUGUACACCGGCGCAAUUGAGGGAGGUAGAGGUAUCUACCUACACAGAAGAAGCUGGGGAAAGGAGAGGAGGGAGUUCUCGCUGAAUUAGAAAGCCUCGCUGGAGGAUGGGAGAAGGUCUCCUGUUUGUACCCCAGUAAACUAUAGGACCUGUUCUCUGCGCGCAGGCCGGACCAUGGGAACACAAAAGCCUCGCAUCCUGCCCUGGCUGGUAUCUCAGCUGGACCAGGGGCAGUUGGAGGGCGUGGCCUGGCUGGAUGAGAGCCGCACGCGCUUCCGCAUCCCUUGGAAGCACGGCUUGCGGCAGGAUGCCCAGCUGGAGGACUUCGGCAUUUUCCAGGCCUGGGCUGAGGCCAGUGGUGCUUACACUCCUGGGAAGGAUAAGCCGGACCUGCCCACCUGGAAGAGGAAUUUCCGGUCCGCCCUGAACCGGAAGGAAGCGUUGCGUUUAGCAGAGGACCACAGCAAGGACCCCCACAACCCGCACAAGAUCUAUGAGUUUGUGACCUCAGGAGUUGGGAACUUAGCUGAGCCAGACACCUCUCUAGACACCAAUGGCAGAUGCAGUACCUCUGAUAUCCAGGAAGACAUUCUGGAGAAGUUACUGAGUGACAUGGACUUGGCCCCAGAUGGAGGGCCCUCAAGUCUGACCAUGGCCCCUGAGAACCCCCCUCAGCUCUUGCUGGGCCCCAACUUAGAUGUCCCUGCUCCUUGCCCAAUGCCGGGACCCCCUGAAAACCCACUGAAGCAGCUGUUGGUGAGCGGGGAAGAGUGGGAGUUCGAGGUGACCGUCUUCUACCGGGGCUGCCAAGUCUUCCAGCAGACUGUCUUCUGCCCGGGGGGCCUGCGGCUGGUGGGAUCAGAAGCAGGGGACAGGACACUGCCUGGGCAGCCAAUAAGACUGCCAGACCCCGCAGCGUCCCUGACAGACAGGGGCGUGACAGACUACGUGCAGCGGGUGCUGAGCUGCCUGGGCGGGGGACUAGCUCUGUGGAGGGCUGGGCAGUGGCUCUGGGCCCAGAGGCUGGGGCACUGCCGUGUGUACUGGGCCGUGGGCGAGGAACUCCUCCCCAACAGUGGUCACAGGCCUGAUGGUGAGGUGCCCAAGGACAGGGAAGGAGGCGUGUUCAACAUGGGGCCCUUCAUAGCAGAUCUGAUUGCCUUCAUCGAAGGAAGCAGACGCUCACCACGCUACACCCUCUGGUUCUGCGUGGGGCAGUCAUGGCCCCAGGACCAACCAUGGAUCAAGAGGCUCGUGAUGGUCAAGGUUGUCCCCAUGUGCCUCAGAGCCCUGCUAGACAUGGCACGGGUAGGGGGUGCCUCCUCCCUGGAGAACACUGUGGACCUUCACAUUUCUAACAGCCACCCACUCUCCCUCACCUCAGACCAGUACAAGGCCUACCUCCAGGACCUGGUCGAGGACAUGGACUUCUAGGUCACUGGGGAGGCCUGAGCCCUCAACUUCCACCUCGACCAAUAAACUGGCUCCGGCCAUGGUCAUCA